UUUCAAGAAAUUCGUAAACGGUAUGAUUUUUUUACAAUUUGCCGCACACCGAACAUAGCGUGCGAGGUUACAAUGCAGCCUUUGAGAAGAUUCGAUUUGGAUGCUUCUAUAAUAUUCAGUGACAUCCUAGUAAUUCCCCAAGCUUUAGGUUUAAGCGUAGAAAUGCGUCCAAAUGUAGGCCCAGUACUUCCAGAACCUUUGCAAACACCUGAGGAUUUAAAAAGGCUUGCACCUAAGGGAGCCGUAGACCGCGUGGCCUACGUCGGAGAAGCUAUAACCAUGAUGAGGCGCCUCUUGGAUGGUAAAGUUCCAUUGAUAGGAUUUACAGGAGCACCGUGGACUCUAAUGGGGUAUAUGAUUGAAGGUGGGGGCAGCAAAACAAUGUCCAAAACCAAGUCAUGGCUUCUUUGUUAUCCUGAAGACAGCGAAAAGCUGUUGGCUAUGCUUACAUCUGUCAUCGUUGAUUACUUGGAAAUGCAAGUAAAAGCUGGCGCGCAAAUGUUACAAAUAUUUGAAUCUUCUGCAGAACAUUUAACGAAGGGCGACUUUUUAAAAUGGUGUUUGCCGUACUUAAAAGACAUUCACGAUCAAUUAACACUACGUUUAAAAGAACAAUCUGUACCUUUAGUGCCAAUGACGCUAUUUGCUAAAGGUGCUGCUCACUCUUUAACGGAGCAGUCAACAUUAGGUUACGAUGUUAUUAGUUUGGAUUGGACCGUAGAUCCUGUAAAAGCACGUCAAGAAGUGGGUCCAAAUAUUACUUUACAAGGCAACUUCGAUCCUCAGGAUAUGUACAAGACCCCCGAAGAAAUUCGUGCUUUAGCUACCGAUAUGGUGUUAAAAUUUGGCAAAACACGUUAUAUAGCUAACUUGGGACAUGGCAUCACUCCUCAAACUCCUAUUGUCAGCGUGGAAGUUUUUAUAGAUGCAGUGCACAAAGCUUUUUAAAUAUACAUAAUCGACUUUACUUACUCCGUUAAAAAAUCGCCUAGAAAUAGAAAAGUUAUGCCGAAAAUUUAUUUGA